GUGCGCGGUGCGCUCGUGUGUUCAUUGUGGUUAAAAUACCGCCUACACACCGUCAGGUCUGGUUUUAUGCAUUUGUUCCGCGGAGAUGCCUUCUCCGUUAUGCGUAAAGUUUGCCACACUGAGCCUAAGAGUUGAGACACCAUGAGGUGAGCUGCGUCAGCUGCAGUGUCCAGUCAGCCAUCAGCAUGGCCUACCCCAUUCUCCUGCCUCCUCUGCCGCCCGCCGCCCCCAACUGCUCCACCGCCUUAGAGGAGCGCAACUGCUCUUUCGCCAACCUGUCAGCCAUCAUAGCUUAUGGCAGUGAUGAGUGUGACAGCAACAAGACUCUCUUUGUCAUCAUGGCGAUAGCCUACAGUGCAGUGGCCUUGCUGGGUGUCGUGGGCAACCUGGCUCUUAUCCUUGCCAUCAUCCGACAACGAGAGAUGCACAAUGUCACCAACAUCUUAAUUGCCAACCUCUCGCUGUCGGACUUGUUGAUGUCACUGGUGUGCCUGCCUUUCACCUUCAUCUACACCCACAUGGAUCACUGGGUGUUCGGGGAGAUUCUGUGCAAGCUCAAUGGACUGGUCCAGUGUUGCUCGGUAACCGUCUCCAUCUUCUCGCUGGUUCUCAUUGCCAUGGAGAGGCAUCAGUUGAUCCUGCAUCCUCGUGGCUGGAGACCCACGACACACCACGCCUGCAUAGGCAUCGCUGCCAUCUGGACCCUAGGACUGGCCACUGCUGCCCCCUUCCUGCUGUUCUCCAUGGUAACGGACACCCCACUGACCCAGCUCCCCCCGGAGAUGAGGGAGCAUUUCCGUGGGAUGGUGGUGUGUGUGGAGGCCUGGCCCUCCAGGAGCUUCAAGCUGACCUACACCACGUCCAUGCUCUUCCUCCAGUACAUCACGCCUCUCCUCUUCAUCUUUGUCUGCUACUACAAGAUCUACACGAGCCUGCGUCGGCGGCGGAGCAUGAUGGAGCGCGUGCGUGAGAGUCGGCAGCGCAGCGGCGAGAUGCGGCGCAUCAACGUCAUGCUCUUCAGCAUCGUGGUGGCCUUCGCCGUCUGCUGGAUGCCCCUCAACGUCUUCAACGCCGUCAUCGACUGGCACCACGAGGCCGUCAUGAACUGCACGCACGACCCGCUCUUCUCGCUCUGCCACCUGCUGGCCAUGGCCUCGGCCGGCGUCAACCCCGUCUUCUACGGCUUCCUCAACCGCAACUUCCAGCAGGACCUGCGCGGCUUCCCGCUCUGCCGUCUGGGCCGCGGCCGGCAGCAGGAGGAGUACGACACGGUCGCCAUGUCCACCAUGCACACCGAGGUCUCCCGCACCUCGCUCAAGCUCGCCAGCGUGGACACCUGA